CGUCGUUCGGAGCCCUCAGCUGGCGGGGGUGUGCUUUGCAACCCGGUUAAUAUAUGGUACAUUUAACAACAACCCUAAGGGGAAAAAAUACAGCUUCUUUUCCCCCCUCCCCCCAUCCAAGAAGGUCAGGAUGUCGGUUGCCGGCUUGAAGAAGCAAUUCCAUAAAGCCAGUCAGUUUGUUAGUGAGAAAAUGGGCGGAGCUGAAGGGACGAAGCUAGAUGAUGAUUUUGUGGAGAUGGAACGGAAAAUAGAAGCUACAAGUAAAGCUGUGGCGGAAGUUUUGUCUAAAACAACAGAGUACCUGCAGCCAAAUCCAGCCUACAGAGCCAAGUUGGGCAUGCUAAACACUAUGUCAAAGAUUAGAGGACAAGUUAAAACAACAGGCUACCCUCAACCUGAAGGUCUGUUGGGUGAAUGUAUGCUCCGAAAUGGAAAGGACCUUGGAGAUGAUACCAACUUUGGACCCGCGUUGGUGGAUGUUGGUGAAGCUCUGAAGCAAAUGGCAGAAGUAAAAGAUUCCCUUGAUAUUGAUGUAAAACAGAAUUUUAUUGAUCCACUGCAAAUCUUACAGGAAAAAGACUUAAAAGAAAUUGGACAUCACCUAAAAAAGUUGGAAGGUCGCCGUCUAGAUUAUGACUACAAAAAGAAACGCCAUGGUAAGAUUCCCGACGAAGAGAUAAGACAAGCAGUGGACAAGUUUGAGGAAUCCAAAGAGCUCGCUGAGAUCAGUAUGUUUAACUUUUUGGAAAAUGAUGUAGAGCAAAUAAGCCAGCUGUUAGCUCUAGUGGAAGCAGCCUUGAAUUAUCAUAAAGAGUCCACUACAAUUCUGGAGCAGCUUCAUAAGACACUACAGAGCAGGAUAAGUACAGCCUCCAAUCGUCCGAAGCGUGACUAUAAACCAAAACCUGUGGUGGCUUCUUUUGAGCCUAGUGAUAACCAACAGCACAAUGGUCUGUCGUACAACUCUUCAUUCAAGUCAUCUGCUAAACCUUCCCCAUUCAGGUUCCUCCGCAGGGCAAAGCAUACAUGUCCACCUUCUUCCUCUACACAAGUUGAUCAGCCUUGCUGUAAAGCUCUUUAUGACUUUGAUCCUGAAAAUGACGGGGAGCUUGGAUUCAAGGAAGGUGAUAUCAUCACUCUCACCAAUCAGAUCGAUGAAAAUUGGUUUGAAGGCAUGUUGAAUGGUGAAUCUGGGUUCUUUCCGAUUAAUUAUGUUCAAGUGAUCGUUCCUUUGCCACAGUGAAACUGGUCCAGUUUUGUAAGUUUUCGGAUAUCAGCUUAUGUUGAAGGCCGAUUGAACACAGACAUUCAUCAGUGUGGCAUUCUGUGAAAGCCUUGCUAUUUGAUUGACUUUUGUACAUGUCUUCUAUUUGUCUAUUUAUUUUUUUACAUGUUCCAUUUGUAUUGAAAAUGUUCGUCUUUUGCUACAAGAGUAAUGCAAAUCUAACCUAUUUCUGCCAUGAAGUUUACAGUUUUUAAGUAUAUGGCUGUAUCUAUUUAACUUUUAUUUGUGCUCCAAAUCUUCUGUUGCUGAUUACAGUGGGAAAAUUUUCUAUUUAGCUGUAAUGAAGAAUAUUCUUGAUACAGUUUAAUUAUUGUGGUUAUACUUAACUGUUAUUAACUUUUUAAAAUUCUGAUGUGUUCUUGAGCCAUUAUAUUUGGCGAUGUAAUUUAUUGUUAUUCAAAGAGAAGUCAUAAUAAA